AUGGCUGCCGCUCGCAGCAAGGUCCCGGCCAUAGGGUCUGCGCAUUGGGUCCUCGACGAGAGGAAACAGGCGGAUGAUUUGGUUUCGCAGGAGGUCGAAGACUUCGGUUUCUCGGUGCGCAAUGAGCUCGAGUGGCUGAAUGAACACAUGGCCGAAAUAUUCGCACAGAAUGGACAAAACAAGCUGGAUGUAUUCAAGACACCAGGAAAACUACGCGGAAAGACACCGCGAACCGCGCGCAAGAAGGCCGUAGAGCCGCGCCAGCCUCUGGGAAACAUCCUUGGAGGAAACGCGCAGCGUCGCGCAAGCCUAGCGGAACAGAGCCUCAAGGGCAAUCUGAACACGAGCCCUGUCAGAUCGCAUUUCAACAUCGUGGAGGACGCUGAGAACGUCAUACCAACAAGAUCGCCAGUAAAAUCGCCCGUGCCUUCACUCUUUACUAGCUUGAUCAACAGGGAGAAAGAGAAUUCAGGUAGCUACGGAUACCGCAGCCAACACGCGUCUCCCGAGCGCCGUCCUGCGACAGGGCAUUCCACCGCCCCCUCACAGUACAGCCAGGUAGCCUCAACACAAAGCACGGUCCCGUCUCAUGAAGACGAUGUCUUUUCGCCGCCUCAAACACAAUCCACGCAGCCCACGCAAGCGACACAGUCAUUUGCACAGUCAACACAGCCUUGCGAGGAGGAACGACGCGAUACUGGCGACUCUUUUGUAUCAGCAAAAGAAGCGUUUGGCAGCAAGAAUGCUUCAAACGAAAAUUUAGGCGCGAGAUUCAGCAAUGACGCGAUGGAUGUGGAUGAGGCUAAGCCGGACGAUGCACAAUCUGAUGCUCAGGGUACUGCUGUCCACCAUGACCUGAGUUCGGAUCAUGACGAAAUGGCGGUUGACGACUUUUCUGCAUUCCCUGAACCACCCAGAACUGUCUCAGAGGGAUACAGCACCUCCGCCGACACGCAAGCUACGCAAAAUGCGGCGGAGCAGCGCGCACGUUCCCCUGAGCCGAAGACCCUCAUGCCGCCGGCUGAGAUCUUCGCUACUUCAGAUCGUACCGAGGCCGAGGAUGCGCAACACGAUGACACGGUCGUUCACCAUGAGGUCGAAGAUAACAUGGACAUCGAUGACGAUGUUCGAUCACCAUCGGACUCAUCUAGUCCUGUAAAGCCUCUGGUCAGGAAGAGCAGUCUCACAUUUGCAUCUUUACCAGCACGUGAGCCGCUACUCGCAAAGAAGAGCAUGGGCAACCGAAACUCCAGAACUAGUCACGUUGACCCGAAUAAGGUACGAAGCAGCAAUUUAGGCCGCUUCACUGGUGGGAAGAGCCUUGGAGGCUCUCAAUUACCACUUCCAGAACCCCAACACGAUGCAAUGGACGUGGACGAAGAACGGCCAGAAUUGCCACGCGAAGAGCUUGAAGCGACUAAACUCCACAACAAGACCUCUUCUCAGCGCCUCCUUGAGCGCAUUAACAUGCUAAAACAGCAGAAUGAGGCACCCAAGCGGAUCAGCCAGAACAUUCUAGCUUCGCAGUUGAGUCAAGCGACGAGCUUCACUGCAUCACAAAUGAAGGAGUCCUCGCAACCCUCGCAGUCGGCACAGCCAGCACCCGUAACGCAGCCCGCAUAUCCAAGUCUACCUCCCGCAGGACCAGAGCACGAUGAUGACGAUGACGACGAUUGGAUUUCGCCAAUCCGGACUGUUGCUCCAGCACCGAGUCCAAAACGCCCUCCUUUCAGCAAGAGUCAUUCUGAACAGGCCCGGCCAUCACCUGUUAAAACUGUACCAAAGCCAAUCUCGGUUUCUAACCCCGACUUCCCGGCAGUCGUGGAGUCAACCACUCCGGCAGGCUCCCCGACUGGUAAGAAAUAUAUGGAUGGCCCUCUCAGCGCUUCCAAGGCUAAGUUCUAUUCAGCUCUCCGUGCCGCCAAAGAGAAGAUAAUUGGUUCAAGCGCUACCAGUGCGCAAAUUAAACUCGACGCACUUUCAGAAAGCCCCGUGCGCCCGACAAUCAAGGAUCAGCAGUCCAGUGAUGAUGUUUUCCGCAGCCCGAAGCGCAACGAGAAAGCCGGUACAUCUAUUUUCUCACAUCUGCGCUCACCUUCUAAGGAGUCUCUGAAAUCCAGCAAGUCAAAGGCGGCGAUUGCUACGUCAAGCAGCCCCGCGAAGGAAGACGGCCGACGAACUCGCAGCUCUACUGAACGAGAGAAGCAGAAGGAGAAAGACUUUAGAGAGAAGCAGCGUGUAGAUGACAGAUUGAAAGAGAUGCGCUCGAAGGAACAAGUCAAAGCUGCAGCGCAUCACCAGAAGAUCAAGGCUACGACAACGAAGACGCCGUCAGCGAUGCCCUCGCAACAAAGCAUGAGACAGGUCCCCGUCACUGCUAUAAAGACACCAUUUUCCGUCACCGAGCCGUCACAACCCCGUCCUCAGCCGAGUCGUGCCAAUACUGCGACUUCUAAUGAGACUGACUCGGCAGACGAUAUGCCUCCGCCGCCCCCGCCGAAGAGCUUCCUUCCAACGACUGGGCAAAAGCUUAGAGAGCCGCGCAAGGUUGAGCCAAAGAAGCUUGCUAAGCCCAAUAGCAAGGAGACACUACCCAAGGUUAAACCUCAGAAGAUCAUGGUAUCGCUUCACAACAGUCGGUAUGGCCAGGCACCACCCGCUGCUUCAAAGCAUGCCGCUUCAGUUCCGGCGCCUUCGAGCACAGCUCCGAUUGCGGCUAAAUCGGCUCCUUCGACACAGAGGAUGGGCCCACCUGCCACGAAGCCGACUCAUGCUGCACCGCCCCGACCAGCAUCGGCCCUGUCUACAAAGUCUGGAGCAUCUUAUAAAGCGGCUCCAAAGCCAGCUCCUAGAGUCGCGAGGCCACCUGUACAGAAGCCGGUGGAGAAGCCGGUGGAGAAGCCAAAGGCAGUGCCGGCACCGACGCGUGCGGACCUCGCUGCAGCCCGUCCUGUUGCGCGCAUGCAAACAAUUCAAGAUGCCAGCCGCAUCCAAGUCUCGGUCCCUCCAGUCAACCCAGCUAAGCCCGCGAAGCGACCGUUUGAACAAGACGAGUCGACGCUCCAGCGUCCCCCUAAGCGUCCUUCAACACAAGCGAAAAUGAACCCCAUCACGCCCGCCCAUCCGAACUCGCAGUUCGCGAAGGGCAAGAUCCCCUUCGCUGAGCCCGUUCAGUCAGCAAAGACUCCUGUGCCGCAAUACCAGAAUGGCGAGGAGAUCAAAUUGCCAGACAUCAUGACUGACUCUGAAGAUGAGGAUUCGGACAACGAGUUCGAGCAGCCCAGCUGGGUCAAUACCCCGAACCUGCGCGAUCUAUUGACUCAGCAGCAGCUGGUCGAUCCAGAGCAAGUGUUUGGUCCUAUUGCUCCCCUCAACAUGGAGCAAGUCUUCCCAAACAAGGAGAGGCAUAAGCGUUUCCGUGAGCGCACUAGCAGUGCUUACUGGGCCAAUGAUCAGGUUACCGAGGAAGAGAGGCGGAAGGAUAGGGAGGCGAAAGAGAGGCUCUUCCGCGAGGGUGCGUGGACUUACAACCCGAGCCCACGUCCGCCGCCUCAGCCGAGUCGCGGUCUAUGA